GUGUGUAAGCUGCGUGGUGGGACCGAUGGCCGCUUCGAAGCCCAUCGACCCUCAGGCCGGCUCCGGGCUGCCCCGGUGGCAACUGGCGCUGCUGGUCGGGACCCCCAUCGUGCUCGGGGUGGGAGCCGCUUACCUGUGGAGCCGCAGCCGGAGGUGCAGUGGGAGUGUGAGCCGGGGUAAAGAGGAGCAGGGUGAGCGCAAUGAGGAGAGGAAAACUCCAGAAGGAAGCGAGCAGGACAACAUGAGCCCUCUGGAUAAGGCCCAGGCUGCUAAGAACAAGGGCAACAAGUAUUUCAAGGCUGGCAAGUACGAGCAGGCCAUCCAGUGCUACACCGACGCUAUAAGCCUUUGUCCCAAGGAGCAGAAAAGCGAUCUGUCCACCUUCUACCAGAACAGAGCCGCAGCGUUCGAGCAACAGUCGAGAUGGAAGGAAGUAGUGGAGGACUGCACUCAGGCUGUGGAGAUGAACCCACGCUACAUUAAAGCCUUGUUCCGGCGUGCCAGAGCCUUGGAAAGACUGGACAACAAAAAGGAGUGUCUGGAAGAUGUGACGGCUGUUUGUAUUCUCGAGGCCUUCCAGAACCAGCAGAGCAUGCUACUGGCCGAUAAAGUGCUCAAACAGCUGGGCAAAGAGAAGGCCAAAGAGAAAUACAAGAACCGGGAGCCUCUCAUGCCGUCGCCUCAGUUCAUCAAGUCCUACUUCAGCUCUUUUACUGACGACAUCAUCUCACAACCCCUUCAGAAAGGAGAGAAGAAGGACGAGGACAAGGACAAAGAGGGCGAGGCUUCUGAGGUCUCGGAGAGUUCGGGCUAUCUGAAGGCGAAGCAGUACAUGGAGGAGGAGAACUACGAUAAGAUCAUCAGCGAGUGCACUAAGGAGAUCGACUCCAAGGGAAAAUACACAGCCGAGGCCCUGCUGCUCAGAGCCACCUUCUACCUUCUUAUUGGCAACGCCACGGCUGCCCAGCCCGACCUCGAUCAAGUCAUCAACAUGCAGGAUGCCAACGUGAAGCUGCGGGCGAACGCUCUGAUAAAACGGGGCAGCAUGUACAUGCAGCAACAGCAGCCGCAUCUCUCUACAGAAGACUUCAACACGGCUGCUCAGAUCGACCUUCGCAAUGCAGACGUCUACCACCACCGGGGACAGUUGAAGAUCUUGCUGGACCAGGUCGAGGAGGCCGUAGCAGAUUUCGACGAGUGUAUUCUGCUCAGGCCCGACUCGGCACUGGCACAGGCUCAGAAGUGUUUUGCUCUGUAUAGGCAGGCCUACACUGGAAACAACCCAUGCCAAGUGCAGACGGCCAUGGACGGCUUCGAGGAUGUGAUCAGAAGGUUUCCGAAGUGUGCAGAGGGCUAUGCUCUGUAUGCUCAGGCACUCACUGAUCAGCAGCAAUUUGGAAAAGCAGACGAGAUGUACGACAAAUGUAUUGAACUGGAACCUGAUAACGCUACGACAUACGUUCAUAAAGGACUUCUGCAGCUGCAGUGGAAGCAGGAUCUGGACAUUGGUCUGGAUCUGAUCAGCAAGGCCAUCGAGAUCGACAACAAAUGUGACUUCGCCUAUGAAACGAUGGGAACCAUCGAAGUCCAGAGAGGAAACCUGGACAAGGCCAUAGACAUGUUCAACAAGGCCAUCAACCUGGCCAAAUCUGAGAUGGAAAUGGCGCAUCUGUACUCGCUCUGCGACGCCGCCUACGCCCAGACCGAGGUGGCCAGGAAGUACGGCCUCAAGCCCCCGACGCUGUAACCUUCCACAAGUUAAUCCCACGUCUUCUAUCCACGGACGUUCACGUCGUUUUAUUUUUGCAUACGGUGUUCGUCGAUCGUCGAUUAUCGGGAGGUGUGGCGGCGUCGGGUCGGGUCUGGUGUCGUGAUCACGUUUAUGUUUCAUUUUUAAUAGGGCAGCGGAUAAAAGAAAACAAGAGAAGUGAAAAUCUAAAGAGGGUGUAGGGAGAACAUGCUAAGAACCGGUGUGAAUGUAGUUCAGUUUCGCACUGUCGCUCGAUGUGACCGGGGCUGAUACUAAUUUCUAAAAGCAUGCAUAAAUAGGCCAAUAAAGUCUCUUAUUAACGUAAACAACAUCGUCACUAUCACAAUUGAUUAUUUAAACACUAAAACAAACUCCCUUCAAAAGUUUCUUAUUAUUUCAUUAGAAUUCGUGCACAACUGGAGCUGUUUUGUUUUGAUUUGUUGCUCUGCAGUUUUGUCAUGUUGUAUGACGUUUGUGUUUCCCUCCGGUCAUACAAGCUGUGUGUAAUAAAUCACUAGAUCGCUUUAUAAAGCUCUGCUUUGAUUGGCAGUUUAUUUAGAACUGAGUAUUUCGUGAUGAAGAAUUUGGGCCAUACAGUAAUUUACUUUUUCUGUUGUCCAUCAAGCGUUUGUUUUGUUAUUUUCGUUCUUUUUAUAACCUGUACAGCACAAAAAUAUUAAAGCUCACCUGCUGUAAUAAAGCCAACCACCUAUUCGGUUUGUCAACACCAACACUAGUUUAGAUUCUUGUUCUUAGUAGAUGUAAUGAUACUAUAUUAGUGAUAAUGUGUCCUGUGAAACCAUCAAAUUUAGGAAUUUCCUGAUAUAAAUCAUACCAAUAUGCUUCUUCCAAUUCCAAUCCAAUGAUUGCACUGAUCAUUCAAUUUAUCAAUUGAUCUAUAUGAAACAAGAAAAUAUUAAACUAAGACAUUAUGUACAUUCCCCGCUCACUGCUUCCUCAUUUCACUCAGUUUAUUUUUUAUUGUACAAUAAAUUAUUUCCUCUGAUCAA